AUGAGCGCGUUUGAGUCGGCCGGUUUUUCACCACAAGUCCUCAAACAUGUGAAGCAAAUCGAAUGGUUUAGAAGGGAGUCUUUCCCAAGUCGUGAAUCGUUACAUGUUGACUCAGGAAUGAGAAUACCACCUUUUCGAGGAUUUCCCCCAGGUCGAGGUGGUGCGAUGCCGCCACCAAUGUUCAAUGGCCAAGCGCCUCCUCAACAACAGCCACCGACAUUUUUCCGUGGGCGUGGAGCGCCGCCAGUUAUGCCAACAAUGAGAGGUGGCGCUGCCCCUCCAGCCACAGCGACGCCCCCCGCCGCUGCACCUGCACCUGCACGUGGAGGCUUCGCACCACCACCAUUCCGUGGUCGUGGCUUCCCUCCACCACGUGGCGGGUAUCCACCGUUCCGUGGCGGCUAUCCGGGAGCGUAUCCACCAGGAUUCCCACCUGCUUGCAAAUUGCGCAGAAGACGAGGAGUUAUGGGUGGAAGCCGAGUCACCGGAAGGGAAGCCGUACUUCUACCACUGGCAAACACGUGA